CCUGUCGCAUCUGAACCAUCUGGAGAUGACGACACUCCUGUCGCAUCUGAACCAUCUGGAGAUGACGACACUCCUGUCGCAUCUGAACCAUCUGGAGAUGAUUCCGAUAGUGAUUAUGAAGCCGAAUCUGAUCCAGAAGGUAGUAGCAGUGAUGAGGCUGAUUUCAUUCCAUUUCGGUUUGUACGUGGACGUCAAAGUAACUCUGUGGCAGUUUCUGUCAGUGAUAAUAAGGAGAGUGAAGCCAUGCCUGUUGACCAUUCAGUACCUAAUACCUCACCUGCCCAUGCCUCUGCAAGUGUUCAAAGUGCAAAAGUCUCAAGCUCCAGUUGCAGUAUUAAUGUGAUGACCACUUCAAACAACAACUGUAGAAAGUGGGACAAACCUCAGUACUGUAAAUUUUGUAGUCAACCACAAAAGAAACUGCCGAGGCAUCUGCUUACACCACAACAUGUCAACGAGACUGAGGUUCAGCAAUGGAUUGCAACUAAAGACAUGAAAGAAAAGGCAAACUUGCUAGCUAAAAUGAGAAAUUACGGAAACUAUCGUCACAAUGUCAAAGUCCUUCAAGAAAAUAAAGGUACCUUGAUUGUUGCAUACAGACCGAAAUAUGAUGUGGAUCCAGAAGAAUAUUUGCCAUGUAGUCAUUGUUAUGCUUUCUAUUCCAAGGAUGAUUUGUACAGGCAUGUUCAUAGAUGUAAAUUGCGACCAGAUGUUGAGGAUGAGGAUGAGACCUGUGAACCACCCAAGAAGAAAAAAAGAACCUUACAUGUUCAAACUGGUAGAAUGAUGCUUCCAGGCCCAUCAGGAGUAAGCCCAAAGGUGCACAUGAUAUUAUCAAUGGGAGUCGAUGAUGAAAUAUUGAGAGUUGUGAAAUCAGAUAGAUUAAUGCAGCAAGUAGCAGAGAGGCUGACAUUGAAGCAUGGGCAUGACAAAGACCAGUAUUCAUAUAUACGGCAAAAAUUGCGUGAACUUGCACGACUGGUUCGUGAGUACAGAAAAUUGAAUGAUCACCCAUCGGCUUCAUUAGUAGAUUUGAUUUGUCCUACCAAAUUUAAUGAGGUCAUAGCUGCAACUAGGAAGGCUGCAGGAUUUAAUGAGGAUACACAUUUGUACACAACACCUAGCCUGGCACUGAAAGUCGGAUAUACACUGGUGACGGCUGCCAAAGUCCUUAUGGGAAAUGCUCUGUUGCAAGCAGAUGCUGGUUUGGAAAAGAAAUGCAAACAGUUCAUCAAAUCAUAUACUCUCAAGUGGGAAGCAGAAGUAAGCACACAUGCACUGCGUACAUUAAAAGUAAACAAGAGAAAUACAUCAAGGCUGCUUCCUUUGACAACAGAUGUUGUUGCACUGUCCAAUUAUGUGAGAAAAGAAACAAAAGAGGGAAAACAGAAGCUGAACAGCUGCAGUAGUGAUGAGACCCUUGACAGAUGGAAACAGUUGGCUGAGGUUACCCUGACCCAGGUGUGUGUUUUCAACAGGAAGCGUCCGGGAGAAGUUUCAAAGAUGCCCCUCAGUGAUUACAAGUGUAUCACAAAAGGAGAAGGUGGAAUAUUUGGUGAAGGCCUAACCAAAUGGGAAAAGGCGUUGUGCAAUGUGGUAUGGAGGGUGGAGAUUAAUGGGAAAUGCAAUAACACUGUACCCGUUUUGCUAACAGAUGACAUGAAAGGCAGCAUUGACUUGUUGAUGGAGAAAAGGUCACAAGUAGUCAAUGAUGGAAAUCCCUACUUGUUUGCAAACCCCGAUGGAAGAGGCCACUUGAGAGCAACUGAUACAGUGCGAAAUCAUGCCCAAAAGUGUGGAGCAAAGUAUCCAGAUCAGCUUAGAUUGACAAAACUCAGGAAGCACAUUGCUAUCAGCUCUCAGAUCAUGAAUUUGAAGGAUAAUGAAGUGGACAUUUUAGCCACCUUCAUGGGCCAUGACAUAAGAACCCACAGAGCCUACUACCGCCUGCCAGAUGCGUCACUGCAAGUAGCAAAGAUUUCUAAAGUACUCUUCAGCAUGGAGAAGGGAGACCUAAAGGCAAUGGCAGGAAAGACGUUGGAUGAUGUUCGUGUAGAUGCAGAUGAAGAAUGCAACAUAGAUCCAGAUGUUGAUGAUGAUCCUGACAACGAAGUGAACAGGCCCGAUGAUGCUGUUUUGAUGGAUGAGAUGUCAGACAAAGAAAAUGAAGGUAUGAGCAUGCCGCAGCAAAGCAGAAAGAAGAGUGACCAAGUUGCAAACAAGGAAAGUGACCGUGGUGCCAGCAGAAAGAAAAGGAGUAUCAGACAAUCUUGGACAGCUGAAGAAAAACAAGCAAUACACAGACACUUUAAAGAAGAACUACGCUCACGCCAACUGCCCGGUAAAGAAAAAAUAAUGAAGUACUGCAAGAUGGAUGCAGACCUGAAGGGUCGUACUAAAAGGUGGACAACAGUCAAAGAUUUCAUUAGAAACCAAAUUAGAAAGACAAAUCCACUGGAUUUUUAGUGAAUUUUCAACCUGUUAUGAGUGAAAUUAAUCAUGUUCAUCACACUCCGCAAUUUUGGAUGAAAUCUUUUCAGGUACUGACAUGCGUAAAAUGUGGUUGCUUCUUAUUCAUAUAACCCACUUACUGGUUUCCUUGAUGAAGGGCUGUGCUUUGGAAGAGGUGCACCUUUAUAUAGGUUAACAGUUAACUCCAUGGCCAGGAAGCAUACUGUGUGUAAAGCAGUGUAUGGUUCUGCAAGUCAAAUGGGAACUUAAUAGGAAAAACUUAAUUACCUGCCCAGUUGGUCAGGGCCAGGGAGUAGACUUGUGUCUAACAGUAUGUAUACUGUAUAGAAGAUUGUAAGGCAAAUGGGAACUUUUGUGCUAAAGUUGUUUGAUAAGCCCCAGUUUGCCAGGUUAACGUUUUGCAGUUUAAAUGAUGACUUACAGGUCAAUUUUAUCAGCUCCCAUAUCACCAGAUGGUCAACGUCAGUGAGCAUCACAUGUGUAACAAUGUGCAUAAAGGUUUACAGGUCAAACUCCAACUUUGCUCACUUCCCCUAGAUUAGGUUCAUGGUUGAUAGGACUCGUGAUAGGACUAGAUGUAUAAUGUUUUCCAUAUCAACUGGGAAUUAAGAGCCAACUGUGAUCAGGUCCUCAGUUGGCUUAGACCAUGACAAGGAAGCAUCCACAUGUGUACACUAUGUAAAAUAAAGUUUGCAGGUCAAAUAGGGACUUUAGGCCAACUUUGCUUGGCUCCCCAGUUAAAUAGGCCAGUAUGUAAUGUUUUGCAAUCAACUAGUGACUUAUGGGCAAUUUUGAUCAGGUCCUCAGUUGGCUUGGGUCCGAUUACCAGGAAGCAUCCGCAUGUGUACAUUGUGUGAAAGUUAAGUUUGUAGGUCAAAUGGGCACUUUUGGUCAACUUUACUUGGCUCACCAGUUGAUCAGGGCCAUGAUGACUCGUCAAAGGACCGCUAUGUAUAAUGUUUGGAUUUAAGAGCCAACUGUGAUGAUCGAGGUCCUCAGUUGGCUAGUUCCAGCUGAUGAGGAAGCAUCCACAUUGUGUAAACUAAAGUUUGCACGUCAAAUGGGGACUUAUGGCUAACUUGACUCGUCAAAGGCCCGCUACUUGCAAAAUUUAGAUUUUUAAGUACAUUGCAGAUCAAAUGGGACAUAGCUACCACCUUUGAUCCUCAAUUAGUCAAGGCCAGGUGAAGUCCCAUGAAAUUGAAAAUUGUGUAAAAAGUAACAUGUCUAAUUUUGAUUUAUGAGACAACUUGGUUAGCAGUUGGGUUUUGACUGUUGGUCAAUUACCAUGGACCUUUGGCCUUUAUUAGACUUUAUAAAUAUCUCACCACUCUUGUCCAAUUUCAUCUAAGUUUGGACCCUUUUUUUCAAAAAAAUCAUCAAAAAGUAGACCAUUUGCCCCUUUUGUGAAAUUUAAUCAGGUCCUCGCACUCAGCUAUUGGGUAGGGCCAGAUAACCAUUAAAGCAUAAUCAUGUGUUCAAUGUGUUUCUAUUAAGUUAUGUCUGCAGAUCAAAUGGGACUUUGUACCAUCUAUGAUCAGAUCCCCAGUUAGUCAAGGCCAAAUUGUGAAUAAAGUUUUACAGAUCAAAUGUGGACUCAAAGCUUGCCAGCUUCGAUAAUUUUCCAGUUGCAGUCAAUUAUCAGGGAGCAUUGACCAAUGUGUAACAGUUUGUAUAAAGAUUUGCAGGGUAAGUGGGGUAUAUUUCUGCGACAAACUAUGAUCAGCUUCUGAGCCAAGAACAUUGUUUAUUUAAGGAUGCACUCAGCAACAUGCUUUAUGCAGUAUAGUUCAUCUCGUAUGUAACUCAAAAACUAUUGAUGGGAAGUGUAUAAAGGUAUACAUUUUCUGGCUGAAAAUGACCUGUUAAAUCCAUUGAACACAUACAAUUUGGACAACAAUUUAUCAUUUUUUUUACCCAUUUUUUUCGACCACCAUAAAUAAAAUAUCCUUGCAACAAAAAAUUAUUUUCCUAGUGUCCAAAAUAUAACUCACAAUGUACCAAAAAUAUAAUAACCAAGUUUGAACUUAUGAGUUGUGGGCUAUAAAAAAAGUUCUAGGGCCUAAUUACAAAAAAACGUUACUAGAUUUUAGUAGGUACAAUGUAUUCUGUAUGAAAUCUUAAAUCAGAAAUGUUUUAUUUUUGAGUCCUGAGGGUUCAAAACUCAUAUAAACUAUUAAAAAUGAAAUGGCUGAAAUUAUGAUUUUAUGCAGAAACAUGGAUUUUCAGUUGCAUUUUCAAUCUCAUCUUGAAAACCCCAAGAUCCUGUGUCUCGAUCCUGACUUUGGUAUACGGUUGCCGACAAUAUGCUGCAUCCGAUGGUACAUUAGACAUUUUUUCCAAUUGAAUUUAUAUGGAUUUGAGAGUAAACGUCCACAUGGUCUCACCAUCUGUUUACAUUGCUUGCUGUUUCCAUGGGCGUUGUGUCACGUAGAUAGAUUGCGCGGAUAUUGCACAUCGUGUUGCAAUGUGACGGGACACGUAGCAUGCAUCGCAUAAACGGACACUGUCAUUUUGCGUUAAAAAAGGUUUCAUCUGUAGUUUUGUUAGAUUUUAAACCUGAAAAGGGUCCACAAAACAGUUUUUGAUGGUUCAAUGUUUAUAUUAGCAUCACAGAAUUUACUGACAUGAUGGAACAGAGUUUGAAGAUAGCAAUAAAAAAAAAAUCAUUUAAGGGUAUGGCAAACUUUGACGUUGCUGGGUGCAUCCUUAAGUUGUAGGUAAUUACAUGUUUUAAGAUGUUAAAAGUUGUGUAGAUCAAAUGGGGACUUUGCAGGCCAACCUUGAUUAUUACCUCCCGGCUGGUCGUCCUAGGAAUUGAAUAGCCCAUGUAUAAAGGUUUUCAGCUUAAACGGGGACAUAUGAUGCUCACUUGUGUUGACCCAGCUGGGGAGAUAAUAAGAGUUAGCCCCAAAGUCCCUUUGCAAACAUGAGAUGCUCCAUUGCAUUUCUCCAAUCUGUGAUCUGAUCAAACUUGUUAAGGUACUAUGCCCAUUCAAGUUUGAUAUCUCCUCAUUUGGCUGGGAUCAGAAGCAUCUUCGUUCCUGUACUGUGUAGAGUAGCAACUCAUUUACACAAAGUUGGUGGGGGUUUGGAUUUAGGUUUGUGUUAUCAGGAUAGAAUGAAAUUUACAAGAACACCUUGGAAAUUGAAUUCCUCUUUGUAUUAUUUGGAACUUUGUGUUAAGAAAAGGGUUUGCAAGAACGAGUUGCCACUGUAUGAGGUAAUUUGUUGGUCAAACAGCGACUUAUGGGUCAGCUUUGAUAAGCUACAGAGUUGGUCACCUCCAAUCUUGCAUAUACCAUUGAGUGUAUUCAAUUUUUCAUCCAGUGUUGUUUUGAACAGUUUUAUAGUUUUACAUAUGUAUGUACACAAUCUAUAUAAAGUUCUGAAAUGGAUAGUGCAUGCAAGAGUGUUUUGUUCAUAUAUGAAAAUGUGACAUAUUACAAAUUUACCCUUGGUUCAGUUUGUUGUUAUGAAUUUCUGAUGUUUGUGUUUGUUUUUGUUUUUUGUAAAGAGUGAGUUAAAUGUCUUAACAAGACAUGUUCUCAUGCAAUGCAAUCAAUGCAAUCAAUUGUUAAUCUUUUCCUGUUAUGUGGAAAAAAAUGUGUAUGCUUUAAGUAAUGAAUACCCUUUGUUUCAUCACAACUUCUGUAGUGACAUCACCUGCAAAGAACACUUUUUCUGGGUUUGAAUUCCAAGCGUGAUGACCACCGCCAAUUAUAAGUGUGGGUUCUGCUUCUAAAGGAACAUUAAAAAAAUAGUUUUUAUUGAAUUGAAUCUUGUCUUCCUGAUGAUUUAUAAAAUAUUUUAGAUGGGAAUCUGUAGAUGAGUUAUACAACAAAUGAUAAAUGUUUUAUUCAUCGGAUAGAAUAUUUUCAUUUUAGUGGAAGAUUGGCCGUUCCGCCAGCUCCUGGUAUGGUGCAACUAAUCUUUCACCUCAUGAAAAUAUUCUUACCAGAGCACUCUCAAAUUAUAUGUAUAACAUUUUGUUAUUUGAUGUAGCUAGUAUGAGCAAUGUUGUAAUACAUUUGUUAGUUGUGUAUUAAAAUGUAACCACUAGCCUGUAUUAAACAGUAUAUCAUAUUAUAAUAGUUAGAUCAGGUAUAUACAGUUUACAAUUCACCGUUCAUAGUGUACAUGUUAAAAAAGUUGAUUGUUCAGUAUCAUUGCAGUUAAAUGCUGGUUGACCAAAAUUUGUGGAAUGGCUGGUAUUUCAGAAAAGGAGUUGAAACAGAAGGUCAGGUUUAUCAUUGAAGAAAUAUUAUUUGGGCAAAAGCUGUUUUAUAUCAAAUUCAUUCUAAAAAUAAAUCAUGUUUUGUAUUAUAGGUAUACCUACACUACAUUGUACAUUACUCUGUAUUUUACCAAAACGUCUGUAGUGACAAGCUACAGAGUUGGUCAACUCCAAUCUUGCAUAUACCAUUGAGUGUAUUCAAUUUUUCAUCCAGUGUUGUUUUGAACAGUUUUAUAGUUUUACAUACAUGUACACAAUCUAUAUAGAGUUCUGAAAUGGAUAGUGCAUGCAAGAGUGUUUUGUUCAUAUAUGAAAAUGUGACAUAUUACAAAUUUACCCUUGGUUCAGUUUGUUGUUAUGAAUUUCUGAUGUUUGUGUUUGUUUUUGUUUUUUGUAAAGAGUGAGUUAAAUGUCUUGACAAGACAUGUUCUCAUGCAAUGCAAUCAAUUGUUAAUCUUUUCCUGUUAUGUGGAAAAAAAUGUGUAUGCUUUAAGUAAUGAAUACCCUUUGUUUCAUCACAACUUCUGUAGUGACAUCACCUGUCAGGUUUAUCAUUGAAGAAAUAUUAUUUGGGCAAAAGCUGUUUUAUAUCAAAUUCAUUCUAAAAAUAAAUCAUGUUUUGUAUUAUAGGUAUACCUACACUACAUUGUACAUUACUCUGUAUUUUACCAAAAUGUCUGUAGUGACAUCACAUGCUUUUCGUGCGUGCUUCAUGAUCGUUAAGAUAAGGUGAUUGAAUAGGCAUGGACAGGUUGAUACGCUUGGAACGCAAACUAGUUGACGUCACUACAAAUGUUUUGUGAAACAAAGGGUAUUGUCGUCGUAUUCAAAUUUGAAUUUAGAUUCUCUGUAGGGCCCACCAGUGGGAAUAGCCCAGCACCCAUAGACAGUCAAAAUGAAGAAUGAUGUGCAAAACUAUAAUGCUGGUUGAAGAGAUGAAUGAUCACUAUGUCUGGUUUGUCGUCUACGUCGGACUAUAACCCAACUCCAUGGACAAUGUGACCUAUUAUCUGACAUGAAAGUGAUAAUUUAAAAUGUCUAUAUGUAGUCCAUUUUCCAACAGUUUUGUUUGACUGUAUUUCUUUGCCCAAUACUUUUGUACAAAGAAGACAAGAUUAGCACAAAAGUGAUGUAUUGGUCAUGUUUUGAUGUUACUAUCCAUCCACUAAAAUGUAAUGUUUAUAUGUUCAUAACAUAUCACUUUGUAACCCGAGUUCUAUACAAAAAUGAAAUGGAUUAUGGAAUUCGGAAUCCUGGGUUCAGAACACAAAUAUGCUGAUACUUUCCACUUGCUUUUAUUAACAAAUGUAACUUUCAUUCUUUAAAUUAAGAUCUUGAUUAAAGAGACACGGGCAUAUUUGGGAAAUAUUUGUCCAACUCUGAUAUUUCUGUUGCGAUCUUAUUUUGAUGUACACAUCUUGACUGCCCAGCACGCCAUUCCAAAGUGGAUAUUUUCAAAGCAGAUACUAAUGCCCUCGCUGGGACUGAAGGUUUUUGUAGGGAUUUUAAAUAAAAUGUUAUUAUUCAGAUCCAUAUUCAUGCCGCCUUUAAAAGCAAAAUCACCACUUACGAUUUUUUUUUUUUUUUAACAGCUUGAAGCGAAAUACAUUAGUUUUUAUCAUGUCAGAUUUCAAUUUUGUAACAUCUAAACAUGAAAAUUAAGGUUUUGCAAAAACGCUAUUCAGAAGCUUAGUACUCAAACUCUUUCUUGUGUAUACCAAAUUAUGAUAGAGGUAAAUAUUAAUGUUAUGUAGUUUGCUACUCCAAUUUCAAUAUUGCAACACCAUGAUUCACUUUUAUAUGGGAAUUUUUGUUUUUAAAGGUCACUGGGGGCUGAUUUCACUGCAAAAGAAGGCAUGAAUAUGGGUCUAAACAAUCCCCAAGUUGCGAGUAACUCCUCUCCUACCAUACCUGUAUAACAGCCCACCUAUGUGUUCGUUGUCCUCUGAACUGAGAUGUAUCAUGUUUUGUUGGAACCUUGUUUUAUAAGCCUUAUUUUUUCAAAGUUGUCUUUAAUAAUAAAAACAGUUUUGCUGUAUUUGAAAGGCA